AUGCAAGAAAUAUUCACUAUAGGUCUAUCCAAUCACGCUAAUCAUGUUGUGACUCAUUUUUUCAACGAGCAAGAAUCACACUUUGAUUAUACGGGCAUUGGGAAAAGUGAUUUGGAGCCAGAGGUUUUUUUCAGAGAGGUCAAGACUGGGAAUUAUGUCUCUCUUACCCCAAGGGCAUUGCUAUGGGAUCUUCAUGGAGGAAUUGGAAAGCUUCCUGGAUCGCAAAGAGUUUCUGCUGAAUCACCUGCUGAUCCCGAUUUUUCUUUGGACUCUGAUUUUAAAGUCGAAAAAAUUGUUCAGCCACCAAUACCAGAAAGUAACUACCAAAAAACCUUGGAUGAGAACAAGCCUGUAUUCAGCGUCGACGACACAAAGUUUUGGAGCUCAUACUCUACAAUGAUAUUUGAUGAAACAAGAAUAAAAUGUUUGGAAAAAUGGGAAAAUGAUUCAGGUAAUGGGCAUUUAAGAUCUGCCGAAUCUGUCAAGUUUGAUGAUUUUACAGUAGGAGCAGAUGUUUGGAAAGACGAAGGUCAAAGCUUUAUUGAUAAUUCUUUCAGGAAAGAACUUGAACAAAGUGAUUUAUUGGAUGGAAUUAACCUUAUAGUAGACAUAGACUCUGCUUGGGCUGGUUUUGGUUCCCAGAUGUUGCAGGAUAUAAGAGAAGAGUUGCCUAAAAAGACUAUCCUAGGGUAUGGUUUGUUCCAAAAGGAGGUUAACUUAAAGAGAACGAUUUCUAGGAUACAUGGCUUUCUCGGUAUGGUUGACAACUGCUCUCUGGUGGUACCACUCUUUCAAACUAGUGAGUCUCUAUAUGAAUCAAGUGCUGUGGAAUCGGUGGUUGUCAGUAGUAUCAAUGGGUUGUUCAAUUCAAAAGCUCAAGACCAGGUCUCAAUGACUCAAUUUGUGGAUUCAAUUAGGCUGAAUAGUAACAGAAACAUUAUAGGAGAUGUUUUUUGGGAUGACAAGCUUCUUUCAGGCCCACUCUGUCCAGGCAAGAUUAACAAUCGUAACCAGUAUGUUUACAGUAGAAGUGUUAUCCACAGAGGUAAAGGUCCUACAAACAAAUUCUACAGCAAUUUCGAUUAUCUUAAAAGCCAAGGAACUUCUUCACGGGGAAUGAACCAGUAUAACGUAUCCCCAUUGGGUCAACCGCAGACGUUUCCGCAGAUUGUCGAUAACGAUGUGUACGUCAAACUGGACAUUAAUACCAAACCUCGUCAGGAUCUCUUAAAUAUGAAAGAUAUCGUGAAACGAUACGUCAGCUACGACGAACGAGAGGAGCUUGUUGACCAUCUUCUCUCAUUGGCUGAAGAAUACGAGUAUGGGUUUAUUGAUGAAGACUGA